GGAGCACUAUGGGAAUGCGCGGGGGGCGACGGAAGAGCUUUCCAGUUCUGCUUCCGGGCCCCACCCACGGCCCGCUCAGCGGGCCUAGGGAAGUCCCGCCUUUGAACGCCUGCCGCGGCAAGAUGGCGGUGGCGGCGGAAAGAUUUCUGACGAUCAGACCUGUCUACAAGCAGCUGGCAAGGCUGCCUUUCUAUGCUAAAACUGAGGAGCUAAUUGGCACCAUGAAAGUCUUCUGUGGGCGGGCCAACCCAACCACGGGAUCUGUGGAGUGGCUGGAGGAGGAUGAGCAUUAUGAUUACCACCAGGAGAUCGCAAGGGGACACGGGUUCGUGCCCCGGUCCGGGAAGGUCCCACAUGCCGCGGAGCGGCUGGGCCCGUGAGCCACAGCUGCUGAGCCUGCACGUCCGGAGCCUAUGCUCUGCAACGGAAGAGGCCACAGCAGUGAGAGGCCCGCGUACCGCAAAAAAAAAAAAAAAAAAAAAAAAAAGGUGGAGAAAAGUAGAAAGGACCAGAUUUCAACUAAACACUCGCAGGUCAUCCUAUGCUGAUAUGCUGCAUGACAAAGACAGGAAUAUGAAAUAUUACCAAGGUAUCCGGGCUGCUGUGAGCAGGGUGAAGGACAAAGGACAGACGGCCUUGGUUCUUGACAUUGGCACUGGCACAGGACUCUUGUCAAUGAUGGCUGUCACGGCUGGUGCUGACUUCUGCUAUGCCAUUGAGGUUUUCAAACCUAUGGCUGAUGCUGCUGUAAAGAUUGUGGAGAAAAAUGGCUUCAGUGAUAAGAUUAAGAUUAUCAACAAGCAUUCCACUGAGGUGACCAUAGGGCCAGAUGGUGACAUGCCAUGCCGUGCCAACAUCCUGAUCACGGAGCUGUUUGACACGGAACUGAUUGGGGAGGGAGCACUGCCCUCCUAUGAACACGCACACAGGCAUCUCGUGCAGAAAAAUUGUGAGGCAGUGCCUCACAGAGCAACCAUCUACGCACAGCUGGUGGAGUCCAGGAGGAUGUGGUCAUGGAACAAGCUGUUUCCCAUCCGUGUUCAGACCAGCCUUGGAGAGCAAGUCAUUGUCCCCCCCUUGGAACUGGAGAGGUGUCCUGGUGCGCCCUCUGUCUAUGACAUUCAGCUGAACCAGGUGUCUCCCACUGACUUCACUGUCCUCAGCAACGUGCUGCCUAUGUUCAGUGUGGACUUCAGCAAGCAAGUCAGUAGCUCAACAGCCUCCCAUAGCAGGCAGUUUGAACCUCUGGCAUCUGGCCAAGCUCAGGUGGUUCUCUCCUGGUGGGAUAUUGAAAUGGACCCUGAGGGGAAGAUCAAGUGCACCACGGCCCCCUUCUGGGCACACUCGGAUCCAGAGGAACUCCAGUGGCGGGACCACUGGAUGCAGUGUGUGUACUUCCUGCCAGAAGAGGAGCCUGUUGUCCAGGGCUCAGCCCUCUGCCUGGUAGCCCACCAUGACGACUACUGUGUGUGGUACAGCCUCCAGAGGACCAGCCCCGAAAAGGAUGGGAGAGCCCACCCAGCACGCCCUGUGUGUGACUGCCAGGCUCACCUGCUCUGGAACCGGCCUCGGUUUGGAGAGAUCAAUGAUCAGAACAGAACUGAUCAAUACGUCCAGGCCCUGAGGACGGUGCUUAAGCCGGACAGUGUCUGCCUGUGCAUCAGUGAUGGCAGUCUGCUCUCCAUACUGGCCCAUCACCUUGGGGCAGAGCAGGUAUUUACGAUAGAGAAUUCAGCAGCUUCUCAUAGACUGAUGAAAAAAAUCUUCAAGGCUAACCACUUGGAAGAUAAAAUUAAUAUAAUAGAGAAACGGCCUGAAUUAUUAACACCUGCAGACUUGGAGGGUAAAAAGGUUUCUCUCCUCCUGGGUGAGCCGUUCUUCACCACCAGCCUGCUUCCGUGGCACAACCUGUACUUCUGGUAUGUACGGACUGCUGUGGACAGGCACCUGGCGCCUGGCGCUGUGGUGAUGCCCCAGGCUGCCUCGCUGCACAUGAUGGUCGUGGAGUUCAGGGACCUGUGGAGGAUCCGGAGCCCCUGUGGUGACUGUGAAGGCUUCAAUGUGCACAUCAUGGAUGAUAUGAUUAAGCACGCCCUCGACUUCAGGGAGAGCAAGGAGGCCGAGCCCCACCCACUGUGGGAGUACCCGUGCCGCAGCCGCUCCGAGCCCCAGCAGAUCCUGACCUUUGAUUUUCGGCAGCCGGUCCCCCUGCAGCCUGUCUGUGCUGAGGGUGCCAUCGAGCUGAAGAGGCCUGGGAGGAGCCACGGAGCCGUCCUGUGGAUGGAAUACCACCUGACCCCGGACAGCACGGUCAGCACUGGCCUCCUGAAGCCUGCGGAGAACAAGGGGUACUGUUGCUGGAACCCCCACUGCAAGCAGGCUGUGUACUUCUUCAACACCACACUAGACCCCAGAGUGCCACCAGGUGGCCCCCAGACCAUCACCUACACCGUGGAGUUCCACCCCCACACUGGAGAUGUCACUGUGGAUUUCACGCUCUCAGAUGCCCUGGACCGUGGGUGCUGACCCUCACUUGUUGAGAAAUAAAGUGGCUGAGGGUGCCAGGCUCUGAA